CUUGACACACACGCGUGGCUCACUUGCUGACGCCAUAGUGCUACUCUGCAUUAAAAUGCCACUCUUGACAUACGUGUGAACGUUUUGUAAGGAAGUAUAGAGCAGGAACUCAGCAAGGGUGCAAUUCGCAAGGCAAAACUGGCGUCGCUUCACAUUAUCUCAUGGAUGCGACUAGUGUAUCAAUUACCGUGAGGAUGAGCUGGCAAGCGCCUUAAGCGCCUUAAGGCGCGGUGCUGUUCGUCGGCUGAGUCCAUGCUGGAACAUGACCAGCAGGCUGCAGCGAAGAGGGCCAAUGCGAUCAGCACUCGAAGUGACGCUGAUGGUAGCCCUGGCCUGGUUCAGCUCUGCAGCGCGCCAUGACGGGCAGAACGCCACACGGCUGCAUGCCCUGAAUUCCAGCGCACAGCGGCUGGCCGGCGGCGGACGCACUGUGGACGUGGAAAAUGCGAAGCAGCUGUUUGUUGCGCUUAAAGAUCCGUCGGUAGGCGUUGUGCGGCUGACCCGCGAUAUUUCGCUGGCCGACCCGGGCUCGCCAUGGCUGGACCUGGAACCCCCCGGCGUCGCGCUGCGGCGCCCCGUCAUCAUCCUGGGCGCGAGCGCGCCGCUGCCCGAAGGCAGUAGCAGCACCCCCAGCGAUUAUGGCAGUAGCGGCAGUAGCAGUGGCGGCAGUGGUGGCAGUAGCAGCAGCAUGCUCAUCAGCGGCGGCGCCUGCCUCACGGUUUUGGACACAGCCCACCUGGCGGCCAAGCUGCAGCUGCAGCUACAGCCGCCACCGCCGCCGCCGCAGCAGCGGCCGCAGCUGCUACUGCCAUCGCAGGGGCAGCAACAGGAGCCGGGGCAGCGACUACAGGAGCAGCAGCAGGAGCAGCAGGGGGAGGAGCAGGGGGCAGAGCAGCAGCCGGCGACGCAGCAGCUGCUGCUAAGCUUCGUAGGACUGCGGCUGCUGAACCACUUGCCGCCGGGUGACGGGUUCGUGUCGCCGUUGUUGACACUGGGCGUGCCGUACCCGACCCGCCCCAACCACCCUGAGCACCUGAGUGGGCAGGGGAGUGGGCAGGGGCAGGGCAUGGGGCGAGCAGCAGAACCGGCGGCGGCGGCAACGAAGGAGGAGGACGAUGCGGAGGAGGACGGGGCGGAGGAGGGGGAACAUGCCAGCGCAGCUGCAGGCCUGGUGUCUGUCAUGGAGGGCCCCUUCCUCACCACCACCACUACCACCACCACCUCAGCCUUCGACUCCGCCUUAGUGUCUACCUUGGAAGCAGCAGCGGGGAACACCGAGCCUGGCACUGACAGCAGAGGUAGCAGUCCCACACAGGUGGGCCAGCAACGCCGGCAGCGACCCAACCGCCAGAGCCACCACCAACGGCAGUUGGUGGUUGGCGCCGUGUCGUACGUGGGGUGUCGGUUGGAGCGGGUGGUUGGGCUGCCCCUGGCGGCUACAGCUGCGGAGGCGGCGGCGCUGGCGCUCGCGGGCGGGGCGGUGGCGGCUGUAGCAGGCGGCGACGCAGCGGCUGGCGGUGGCGGCAGUAGCAGUGGCGGCAGUAGCAGUGGAGUGACGGUGCUGCCACGGGAUCCGGCCUGCGGCGAUUAUGACGGAUAUGGCAGUCGCAGCAGCAGCAACAGCAGCAGCAGCAGCAGCAGCAGCAGCAGCGGUAGCAGUAGCUCGGACGCCUGCAUUCCUGAUCCCAGCGGCGGCGUCCUGCAUUACGAGCGCUGGGCAGCGGAGGGCCCGGUGGCGGCGGCGCUACUGCCGCAUCCCAUCCGCAGCAGCGGCAGUGGCAUUGGUAGUAGCGAAAGUGCUAGUGCCGGCAGUGGUGCUGCCGCUGUUUUGGAGGCGCCGCCGCUGGCCAUGCCGCCGCCUGCAGUACCUGUACUGCUGGUGGCGGAGGCGCCACUGCUCGUGUCGUUCACUGACACGCUGUACGGUGUACGGCAGGAGGUGGAGGAGGCCUGUGUACGGGCGUAUGGUGCCGCCGUAUGUGUCGUACAGGCGGAGGCACGGCUGGAGCUGGCGGCAGCAGCAGCGGCGGCGGCGGUGGCGGCGAGUGGCAGCCAAAGGGUUGGUGGGCUGGCGGCAUUGACUGGCAUUGACCAGGAAGUGGCAGCGGCAGCGGUCGCGCGGCUACUUGCAGCCGGGGAUGACACUGGCAGUAGCAGUGAUGACGCUGGCAGUAGCAGUAGCAACCCCCUGCUACCCCUGCCGCCGCCGCCGCCUGCUGCGGCUGCAGCCGGCAGUAGCUGCCCCAGCAAUGGGGGGCUGUCGGCAGGGGCGGGGGCAGGGAUUGGUGUGGCGGCCACGCUGGGUGCCGUGCUGUGCGUGCUGGGCCUGUCGCGCUGGAUUGGCAGCCUGCGUGCUGGGCACCGCACGCUAACCCUGGCGGUCCGCCCCCCCGGCGCCACGCCCGCCACCACGCUGCUCAUCACAGACAUCAUGAACAGCACCAACCUGUGGGAGGCGCUCCCCCCGGGGGUGAUGAACGAGGCACUGCGGCUACACCACCGCUGCCUGCGCGGCCUGCUGCCCAAGUGCAACGGGUAUGAGAGCGCCACGGAGGGGGAUUCCUUCAUCCUGGCGUUCCACACACCCCUGGAUGCGGCGCGGUUCGCACUGCUAGCGCAGAGCGCUCUGAUGCAGCUGGAGUGGCCGGAGGAGCUGUUGGCACACACCGACGGCGCGGCGGUGUGGGCGGAGCCCGCGAAACCCAAGCUGCCCGUGCUCACCCCCGGCGCCUCCAGCCGCGCCACUGGCACCGGCACCGGCGCCCAUGGCCCCCACGGCUACCUACCCUCCGGGACCGGCAUGUCGGUUGGGCCUGGGGCGCUGGUGCUGUCCCCCUCAACCCACAGCCGCAGCGGCCUGGGCGCAUGGCUCAGCACCCACGGCGGCGGCGGCGGCGGUACGGCAUUGUACGACGAAGAUGAUGACGAGGAUGGCGGCGGCGGUACGGCAAUGUACGGCACGCCUGAGGGCGGCGGCGGCGGCGGCGGGCGGUUGGCUGGGCUGACGCCGCCGACAUCGCCGUUCCUGAGGGGCGCGAUCAACGCCUUUACGAAUGCGGCACGGAAAUCGUUCCAGAUCAAUCCGCGGCCCUCCCUGUCCAUCGACCGACCAACCGCCCACCUACAGCACUUCCAAAGGGCGGUGGCGCCGCCGCCGCCGCCACUGUCUAACCUCCGCAGCAGCGCUGGCUUCAGCGGUCCCGCCGGCGGCAGCGGCGGCAGCGGCAGCGCCCCCAAAGCAGCCGGCGGCGGCGGCGGCAGCGGCGACGCGGCGGCGGCGGCGGCAGUGGCGGCGCAAGAGCCGCCGGCGCGCCACUGGUCCUUCUCAGCCCGGCCCGCCUCGCCCACCCAGCCGCCCAACCAGCUCCGCGCCGCCGCCGCCGCCGCCGCCGCCGCCGCCAGCGUCGCCGCCGCCGGCCCGGCAGCGGCGGAUGGCGCCGGGGGCGGCGGCGGCGGGGCCGCGGAGGGGGUGACGGCAGCGGCGGCGGAAGCCGCCGCCGCCGCCGCCGUCCAGUCGACCAUCCCUGGUGGCGGCGCCGCCGCUGACGGCGAGUCGCCUGGAGGCGGCGCCGGCAUCAAUACAGAGCUGUUACUGCUGACGGCGCUCCACCUAUCCACGGCUACGCUGGACGCGCCGUCGCCGCACCCGCACCCGCCCGAAAUGCGGAUGGCGUUUGGCUCGGCGGUUCCAGUCCAACCGCAGGCGGGCGAGGCACCCGCACCCGUGCCGGCCUUGGCGGCGGCGGCAGGUGGCGGCGGCGGCGGCGGUCUUUACUCGGGAGGCGGGCUGGCGGUAAUGGCGUCAGCCGCAGUGGCGGCGCCACGCGUCCCGCCCACGCCUGCACAAGGCGGCGGCGGCGGCGGCGGAAGGUCGGGACCAGGGCCAGUGGCGGAAGGCCUGGACAGCCCCCGCGCCGCCGCCGCCGCCAACGCAGCAGCCGCCGUCGCCGCGGCCUUCAAUGCCGGCGCCGCCAGGGGUUCCGGCAGCUUCCGCCGCGCUGGCAGCUCGCUGCCAUCCCCGCCGCCGCCGCUGCAUCGCGUAGAUGAGGUGGGGCGUCACGAGUCCGAGUCUGAGGGCGGCGGUGGGGAGGGUGACGACGGUGACGACCUCAGUUCACGCUACAGCCCGAACGGCCUGCUGCCAAUUCCCCACUCCGCCGCCGGCAGCAACGCCGGUGGUGGCGGCGGCGGCGGCGGCGGCCUGAAUGAUGGCAAUGGCGACGGCGCUGGAGGCGCCGCCAGCGCCGCCGCCGAAAUGGCGGCGGCGUUUGGCUCGCCUGGCCGUGGUGGCGCUGGCAACGGCGGCGGCGGCAGCGGCAGCGGCGGCUCCUUGAUAGGUGGGACGACGCACGUACACCUGCAGGCGGCGCCCGCAGUACCGUCGUACGGGGCAUCAGUCAUCAGCAGCGAUGUACGGCGCGUGCCGUCGCGGCUUGGGCAGCUGGCGGCUCUGGCGGAGGCGGGCGGCAGCGGUGGCGGCGGCGGCAGGCGCUCAGCCCAGGGCUAUGUUUUUACCAUCAGCCCAGCGGGCGGUGGGCUGGCGGCGGGGUUGGGUACGGCAGCUACGGCGACGGCGGCGGCGGCGGCGGUGAGCGGAAAUGACCGCGGUGUGCGGGAUGUGCUUCUGUCCGCCCUCGGCCCUGGCGGCGGCGGCGGCGGCGGCGGCGGCGGCGGCGGCGGCGGCGGCGGCGGCGGCGGCGGUGACGCGCAAGGGGAGGAAUCGACAUUCACUCGGGCGGGUACAGGUGAAUUACUCAACCUGCUGACGGCGGUUGGCGGCGGUGGCAUUGGCGGCGGCGGCGCCGUCAAUGGCGGCAGCAGCAGCAGCAGCAGUGAAGCUGCACCAGCAGCAAUGCCGCGGCCUAGCCCGCCUGCUUCCAGAGCCAGCGGCACUCACGCCCGCCCGCCGUCACCUCUGCCGCCAUAUGUGGCGGCGGCCGCAGCCGCCACCUCUGCGCCACUGGCGGCGGCGCUGGGCUCGCCUACACGACAGCUGGCGGCGGCGCCGGCUCCAGCAUACUCACUCACAUCGUCACCCUUCCACUCGCAGCGCGGUGGUCUGGUGGGGUCUGGUGGUCUGGGUGGCAGCUACUCCCCCUUGCGCCGUCACGUGCAUGGCAGCGCGUCUGGUGGUCUGGUGGCAGUGCCGUCGGACGGACCACUGGCCGUGUCUGGUGAGCUGCAGAUGAGUCAUGUCACCGCCGCCACUGGCGGCGGCGGCGGCGGUGGCGCCGCCGCCAACAGCUCUGACUCUGGUGUGGGACGCUUGCGCUCUGCAACUCACCUCGGUUUUGGUUACACCGGACGUGCAGCAGCCGCCGCCGCCGCCAGGGGCGCCGAAGGCGGCGGCGGCGGUGGCGGCGCCGCCGACGCCAGCAGCUUGCUGUCGCCGCCGCCACCUGCGUUUUCCCACAACGGCAUGUACGGCAGAGCGGGGCCAGCGGCGGCGGCGGCGGUUGGGAGCGGGCGGAUGCAGGGUGCGGUUGCAAAGGUGGCGAGCAAUCACAGCCUGGCGCGCAUGAGGACGCAGGCAAUGGAGGUGGUGCCUGUGGCUCCCGCAGCGGCUGAGGUCCGAGAGACAUGGCGGGAAAUGCUCGCUAAAAUGUGGCCUGUCGUCAUGCCUGGAGCGGCGGCGGCAGCGGCAGCCACCAAUGCCGGCGGUGGUGGUGGCGGCGGCGGUUACUGGCCCCGGCCCUCCUUUGCCGGUACUGGCGGUUGGCUGUUUGGUGGCGGCGGCGGCGGCGGCGGCAUGGGCAGUGAGGCGGUAUCUGGGGUGGUGGGCUACGACGCUUUGGUGGCGGCGGGCGGCAGCGGCGCAGGGGGUCCUGGUUUGGCAACCCACCAUGAGAGGUCCUCACACUCACACAACCAGCACCAGCAGCAGAGGCCCUCUGAUGUGGACCACGAAAACGAGAGCGGUGGCGGCAUGGCGGCGGUUGGCAGCGGCGGCGGAAUGCUGGCACUGCUGCAACGGCAGGCCAGUCACACUUUUGCCAUGUCGGGCGGCCUAACGCCCAACCACCAACCGCCCAGCCCCCACACGGGGCACAGCCACCACCACCACCACCACCAUUUGGGGGGUCUGCUGGCGGCAGUUGGCGGCGGCGGCGGCGCGAGCUCCAAGAACGCCAAGAGCAAUGCGGUGCUACUGUUUCGAGGGUUCCGAGUGCGCAUGGGCCUCCACACGGGCAUCCCGCUCACCACCGACGUCGCCUUCAACCACACCACCGGCCACAUGGCAUACAGCGGCGGCCCGCUCAAGGUGGCCAAGGCGGUGGGCGACGGCGCGCCUGGCGGCGGCAUCCUCCUGUCCAACACCACCUUCACCGCCCUGCACCCACACCUGGCCGAGCUGCCUGGGGAGGCGCAGGCGCUGUACUGCGGCGAUGCACAGAUCGAGCUGCUCAUUCGCGGCCUCUACAUGCUGCUGUGCCGGGAGCUGCGGCCGCGCCUGGGGCACCUGCCGCCGCUGAGGAAUCUCAAGAUGCUGCAGCUUGGCAACCUGGAGGCGCCUGUGGGCUCUGUGGCGGUGACGUUCAUGAUGGUGGCGGGCGCCAGCAGGGCGGUGGCGGAGGUGGGGCAGCCGGCGGUGACGGCACUGGCGCAGUUCAAGGCGCUGGUCACUCGCGAGUGCUGUGUGUGCGGUGGCUAUGUGGUGGAGGCCACUGACGGCCUGUGCCUGGCGGCUUUCAUAUCCUGGGAGGCGCUGCUGAUGCACCACGACUGGAGCCGCGAGGUGCUGGCCUGCUCACACUUCCGGGAGGUACGAGAGAUCCGGGAUCCAGCCCCCGGAUCAAGUACGGCCGCAGCCACUGGAUCCAGAUCGCCGUACGGAUCCGGCGGACCUUAUGGUGGGCCGCAUCACGGCGGCCGUGGCAAGGCACAGGGCCCGGCGCGUCGCGGCGCCGCCGCCGCCGCCGCCAAUGCUGGGGCCGGCGGCGGCCCGGUUUUAGUUGCCCGCGGGCCGCGGAUCCGUACAGGCAUUGCGGUUGGGCCGGUAACCGCCGAUCCGUCAACCGCCACCGCGCGGCUGAGCUACCGGGGGCGGGUGAUGAAUCGCUCGGCACGCGUGGCGGCGGCGGCGGCGGACAACCAGGUGCUGAUGUCGGCGGGUGCCUGGCGUCGGGUGGUGGCAACCGCGGGCGUGCACGCCGUGGCGGAGCGGUGGCGGGCGGCAGCGGAGGCGCGGGAGGCGGAGCGGGAGCAGGAGCUGGCGGCAGCUGCUACAGCCGCGGCCGAGGCGGCUACAGCCUCCGGCAGCAGCAACCAGCGGCUGUACCUGCGCCAGGGCACGGGGGACAUCUCCAUGGCACCGGGGCUGUACGGCACGCCCGGAACAGGCGAGAAUCUCGGGAUCCAGAUCCAACAGAUCCAGCAUGCCCAUGUGGCUGAUGCAUCGCAUCUGGAUCCAGCCUUGGCAUCUGCCUUUGGAUCCGGGAUCCUGGGCGGCCCGAGCGGCGCCCAGGUGUCUAUGGGAACGCCGUUUGGCACCGCCGCCGCGCUUUCCGCCACCUCUGUCUGCCCCAGCCCCGGUGGUGGCGGCAGUGGUGGCGCAACCACACCCGUACACUCUGCUGCUACCAGGCCGGCGGCGGCAGCGGCGGCGGCAGCGGCUGCUCUGUAUGACAUUGGCAGCAGUGGUGGCGGUGGCAGUGGCCGCCGUGUGAUAAACGGCCCUGCGUCGGCUUCCCUAUCAGUGGCGGCGGCGGUUGGGAGUCCGGUGGCGGCAACUGCGGCUGGAUCCUUCUCAUCCACAUCAGCACUGGCGCGCGCUGCCACCCACCACGCUGGAACUCUGGCACCCCUUGGCGCGACUGCCACUGGCGCAACGGGCGUUGGCGCAGCUGCUACAGCCGGUGGCGGCGGUGGUGGCGGCGUGGGCGGCAGUAGCAGUAGUAGCACGGCAAACCAGCUGCAUGCAGCGGCUGAGGCGCUGCUGACGUCAGCUGCAGCGGCGGGCGGACUCGACGGUGGUGAGGAAGUUGAAGAGCUCAUUGCGGCGGCGGCGGCGGUUGCCUCCAAGCUGCCUGCUCUUCCUGGAACGCCACAGGCGGGCGGGGCCGGCGGCGCCGCCACCGGUUUUGGCGGCAUGGCGGGCAUGGCUAAUCGGCCGCUUGCUAAAACCGCCCCAUCACUCAUGCCGGUUUUAGUGGGCGUCAGUGUGGGCAACCACACCCUCAAGGGCGUGGCCGAGCCACAGGAGCUCUUCGAGCUACGGGUGGAGCUACUGCCGCCCGCCACUGCUACUGCCACUGCUACUGCCACCGCUACUGCCACUGCCAAGGCUGCUGCUGCUACAGCCAGCCCGGCCGCAGUGUCAGCCGGCGGCAAGACAAUGGCCGCUCGUGUCACCACAGCCGUUAACUCCAACCUGUACGACACGUCGGCAGCCCCCACCCCCGGCGGCGCCACGGACACGGGCGCCUCCACGCCCCGUGGCCCGACCUCGGGGCCUGCCAGCCGCUCUCCCUCCUUCCUCCAUCCCCGCCCCCAGCCCUCCACCGCCGCCGCCCCCACUGCUACAGCCGCCGCCGGCUCCUCGCCACUCGGCUACAGCCACAGCUACAGCCAGCAGCAGCCGCCACAGCAUCACUACCGCCUGAAUCCACCGCCGUCGCCACUCGCCUACUCGUAUUCUGGCUCCUUCUCCCACGCAGCUGCUACAGGCGUGGCCGCCGCUACAGCCGCCGGCUCCUUCUCCCGCGCAGCCCAGCUGCAGCCUCUCUCCGCCUCUGCUUCGCAGCAGCAGCAGCAGCAGCCCCUGGCGCUGUCGCUGUCACAGUUGCACCGCCCCUCCUCCAGCGCGCUCCAGCCGCUGGUGCCCCCAAGCAGCCGCAGACAAAUCGCACCGCUCUCGCCAAGCGGCUUCAUCGCAGCCGCCCAGGAUGCAGCGGCGGCGGCGCCGCCGCCGCUGCCCGCCUCUCCUUCGGGCUCGGCGUCCGUGGCGGCGAUGGCGGCGGCGGCGCUGCAGCUCAGCCGGCUGCAGCACGCCUCCACCACUUCCUACCCCCACCAGCACCCCCACCCCCACCCCCACCAUCCCCUGCUGGCCGGGCAAGAGCUCCUCCACAUGGGCUCCUCCGGCUUCCGACCCGGCAGCGGCGUGGGUCUGGGGGGAAUGAUGGGGUCGGGGUUGGGGCUGGGAGGUCCCAGCAGCGGCAAUUUCGGGCCGUACGGGCACCUGUACGGGCAUGGGCACGGGCUGGGGGGCCCGCCCUCCGCUGGCGCGCUCGUCCUCGGUUCCACGCCCUCCUUCUCAGCCGCCGCCGCCACCGCCGCCAGCCUGGUGCAGUGGCAGAACCCCGCGGCGUCGGCUAGCCAGCUGGGCUCGCCUUCAACACGCGCGCCGCCACGGGCUGGCGGCGGCGGCGGCGGCGGGUGCGGCGGCAGCGGCGCGGCGGCGGAUGCCGCCGCCGCGGCGUUGGCGUCUAGCGGCGGGGGUAGUGGCACCGUGGCGAGUGGCGGCGCCUUUGACGCAUCGCUGUUUGCUAUCCCGGUGGCAUCCGGAUCCAUCCCCAUCGCGCCCGCCGCCGCCGCCUUUGCUGCCGUGGCGGCGGCGACGGGCGCCGCCGGCGGUGUUGGCGCCGCAAGCAUCGCCGGCGCGGUGCCUGCGGCGGUGAGUAGGCAGGCCACGGGCUGCGGUGACGCCAGCGGCAGCGGCAGCGGCCGCAGCCGUCCCUUCCGGUUGCAGCUGUCGCCGCUGCAGCUGCAGUCAGGCCAGCUGGUGCCGGCGGCGGGGUUGUCGGGCGGUUUGGAAAGCGGCUUGGACGGCUCGGCGGCGGCGGCGCCGGCACCGCUGCCCUCUGCUCGUAGCCCCGCCGCCCUGCGGGCCACCUCGCCACAUGAGGCCGCGGUACUUGCGGCGUCGGUUGCGGCCGCAGUUGCAGUCGGUGACGGGGGUGACGGAGGUGACGGGGGUGAUGAGGGGGAGGCGCCGCCGCCGCCGCCGCCACGGGCCCUGGCGGGCGACGCGCUGCUUGAGGCGCUGGCGGCGGCGGCGUCAGAGGAGGACGCCCGCGGCCCUGGCGGCGACACCGAGCCAGCCGGUGCCGGCGCCGACACUGGUUCGGUGGAGGCGGAGGCGGAGGCGGAGGCGGAGGCGGAGGCGGAGGCGGAGGCGGAGGCGGAGGCGGAGGCGGAGGCGGAGGUGGAGGUGGAGGUGGAGGUGGAGGUGGAGGCGGAGGCGGAGGCGGAGGCGGAGGCGGAGGUGGAGGUGGAGGUGGAGGUGGAGGUGGAGGCGGAGGCGGAGGCGGAGGCGCGCACACCGGCACCGGCGCAGGCGCAGGCGCAGGGUUGCGAGGACGAAGAAAUGGUGGUGGUUGCCUGAGUCGGAGGGAGGCGGAGAGGAAGGAGGGGACAAAGGAUCAGACAGCGGGAGCGGGCGUUGACAGUUCGGUGCGCUCUGGGUCGUUUGGGGGGGCACGGAACGAGCGCACGAUGUGAGAUGCACAGACUGGGCUCUUGCGACCAUUACCAAUACUGCUGAGGAGUACCGUACCGUCAGGUGGUGAAGCAUUGGUUUCCCUCAUGGAGUCAAGAAACAUGGUUCCUGGGAACGGAUGGAGGGGAUGGAGAGAAACAUGAACUGCUGCUUCGGGAGCCCUUUUGGGCAAAUUGGUCGGCCUGGUUUGGGAGCCUUUGGGGCUGAACAAGUUGGCUGAACCAUUUGGCGGAACAUACAACGCAAUUUUGUAGUUUUCCAGCAAAGGGGCGCGCGGAUAGAGACAGAUUGGGGGUGCACGGUAGGCCACGCCACCGUUUUUUGAGUCUUGGAAGUAUGGGCCGCGCACAAUGGGCCGCGAUGCCGUGUUGUUGAGUCUUUAAGUAUUUGCGGCGGCCAGGGGGGGCCAUAGGGACGACAGGCGCAGUCCGGACUUGAUCCAAAAUUGGCGUGCAUCCCGGUCAAGAUCCCGGUCGGCGCGCGAGAGAUUUUGCGAAACCCCACGUUGCUUGGGCGUCAUUCAUGGGAGGGCGCACAGCACACAGCGCACAGUGUAGCGUCGACCGAAUUACUCAUGUGGCGCAAAAUGCGCCGGGGCCAAAAUUAAGAAGGCUUCCGCAUUGCAAUGUUAGACGCGAUACAAGGAGGACUGGUCCAACGGUAUGGGGGGCCGUGCCCAGAUCUUCAACUUCUUGAAUGUGGCUGUGGUGGAUUUGCUUUGCGUGGUUCGAUUUAAAACUUGGUGCUGGUGACGGGACACAAUGCGGGGAAGGCGAUGGGGUGGUGAGGGGCGAGGGGGCUACUCGCAUGGCUAGGUGUCUGGCUUGGGUGCUGGUUAAAUGUGGUUGCGUGCACCAUUCCCGGUCAGCUGACAUGCGCCAUCACCGUUCUGGUAUACUCCGCUACCGGGCACAUCCUUAUCGUCCGGAUACGGUGCCAAGCAGCAGGCGAUCCCGUAUGGCCACUGAGUCCCUUAAUUCCCGUUGCGCACCAGGGUGAUCAAUCCUAGCCGCUGACGGGGACGACCAGGUUCGUGUUAUAACACUUGCCGGCAGCUGCUGCGGGGCCUAGGCAGAUUGACGCAGACUUACGGGGCACGUCAUGCUCCCGUUUGAGAGAGGCGGCGGAGUAAGGGACAGAGGCAUGCCAGGCUCGUGGGUUGGGUAUGAGUUGAUACAGAGUGAUAGUCAUUCUGCUAGCUUGCGCUGGCGGCAACUCAACCAGCGAGCCAGGUCGCGGUUGAGUGCUAUAAACCCCCCGGCAAGGCCCAUGCAGCCCGCCAUGCAGGGGAUGACAAACCAUCAGUAACACCGGCACACGGGCACAGGCUUCUAGCGGCACGCCCCGUCACGCCCCGGGGGCCUAGGUAGUUGCGCCGUGCCGCACACACGAUAUCACCCGACACAGCGAACAGAGACACGAGGAUCCGGGACAGGACAAGCAACGGCCAGAGGGUCAGGCGAGUGUGCGGUUGUGCAGGGUUUGUGCGCGGCCCAGGGCUUGAGCGGGCGCGACCCUGAGCGGGUGUAGGAACACUGUGAAGCGCUCGGCAACGAUCCUCGACGUUUGCUCCUUCCUUAAUUGAU